AUUAUUUUUUUUCUUUCUCUUGUGUGUUGUUCUUCGCGUUGUCGUCUUGUCGCGGCGCCGCCCCCACGGUCUUGAAGAAAUCUUCGAGCAUCCAACCCAGCGCGCGGCGCUUGGCGGUGUGUCGAUCGCGUCCCUCUUGGCGAUCGUCGGUGGGAGCGGAGGGGCGUAAAGGAGAGAAGGAUGAAUCGGAACAAGGAGGAUGUGAGGCACGAGAGGAUCAUUCGCGGAUUGUCCAAGCUCGAUGACAACAGGAAAUGCUUGAAUUGCGGUAGCGUGGGACCACAAUAUGUUUGCACAACUUUCUCGACUUUUGUGUGCAUGGCUUGUGGUGGAGUCCACCGAGAAUUCAGCCAUCGGGUAAAAUCCAUUUCGCUCUCCAAAUUCACUCCCGAGGAAGUAGCAGCUCUCCAAGCGGGUGGAAACCAGCGAGCUUUGGAGAUGUAUUAUAAGCACUGGGACUCCAGGCAUCAUCCUGUUCCAGAUAGCAGAAAUCCCGAGAAACUUAGAGACUUCGUCAAAGCCAUCUAUGUAGACCAACUGUAUUCAGCUGACAAGCCUCCACCACCUAGAGGAGAUGAACAAGAUGGCAAACGAAGCAGCCUCCGAUCGAGCUUUCUGAGCAGCCACUCUUUCGAAGAGCGUCGUCCGGGCUUGCAGCGAGAAGCUCACCAGAGAACAAGAUCAGAUGAUCGGCCAGUUUCUUCCAGGGACUACGACGGUGGCUACUCUCCUGAAGUUCGCUCAAUGCGGGAGAUUCUUGGUGACGAUUUGCCUGUUCUACGUAUAGAACCACAGAGACCUUCCACUGCUAACGAUUCACCAGGUGCACCAACAAGCAGCUCCCAACAAAACACAUACCCAGAAAAUCCAUAUCCAGAGAAUCCAGAAAUGGUACAGCAGCAGCCAUAUAUCAAAGCAAGCACUACCGGCUGGGCUACGUUCGAUACUUCCCCGGAGCAGCCAGCAAACUCGGCGUCAUGGCAAGAAAUGUGGCAUCCAAACCACGAAACAACUAUGUGGUCGAAUACCGCGCAGGGUUUGGUUUUUCCUCAGAUAAGUUUUCCCCCAUCACAAUUUGCACCAGAAACCGUCGCUGCAGCGCCUCGUCGAAAAUCAACGAACCCGUUUGAUCUACCCGAGGACACCAGUCUCCCGGAUUUUACUCCCAGCCACGAGUUCCAAUUCCAGAACCCGAUGAUAGACAGCGAGAGUUCCUCGUCGGCUCAGUCGUGGCAAACGCUGCCAGACACUUCACGCGAAGAAUUGACACACGCUACACGGCCUGGAAAUCCAUUCGCUUAAUCCAUAAUCCACAAGAUUUUCGUAAAAA